UAGUUAGUUAGUUAGAGAUUCUUUAUAACUAAUAUUUAAUGGAAGCUGGACGAAAUUUGCUAUCUUCACCUCCAUCAUUUCCUUCAAGAACCCACCUCAAAAACACCUCUUCUUCUUCAGUUCUGAAGCUUCAUGAGCAAGCUGCCCCCACAAUGUCUUCUGUUCCAACUUUUACAGUAGCUCGACAUUUUCCUACAUCAGUUCUUUUACAAGAGCAGCGCGAUGAAUAUAGGCCGAUCUUACACAUGUCUAAGGAAGACAAAACGUCUAUGCCAACUAUGGAUAGGAGGCAGUUGGAGACUGGGGCCUCAGUUCUUGAAGAGAACUCCAGCAACUUGGAUCAAUUAGUGCAGGACUUUGAGCACCAAUUGCUUCACUUGCCUGGUUUAUGGAAUUUAUUGCGACCUGGACAAACAGGGGUAAAUAAUUCCUUGUCAACUAUGCAGUCUAGUACAAGUAACACUGAGGAGUUUGAACCAUUUAAUGCAGUUGCCCUUGCUAGGAAGGCUUUGUCAGCAUCGAAAGAAGCAGCCUCAUUAGCUGAGAACCCCAAGUUAAAUGGAGCUGAAUCUGAUGAUAUAAUUUCAACCAGUUCAUCAAAUUUUCCUCUCAACGAGGUGAAAACCGUUCGGUCAACCCGGCGUUUGGAGAGACGGUCAAAGAAAAGGAGGGUUUCUAAACCACAAGUUAUGGUUCCUGAAACUUAUAGGUCUAAAAAGUCAGAUGUGCAGAAAAAGUUAAGUGAAGGGUUUAAUCCUAAUGAUCCUCUCCGAUUGUUCUUGUGGGGUCCCGAAACAAGACAACUUUUGACUGUGAAAGAAGAAUCUGAGUGCGUUGCUCAAAUACAGAAUUUGAUGAGAUUGGAGAAGGUGAAGAGUAAGCUUGAAUCUCAGUUUGGUCGUGAACCCACCUUGAUUGAAUGGGCUGAUGCUGUUGAGCUUAAUUGUCGGGACUUGCAGUCAGAACUUCAGUCUGGUAAUAACAGCAGAGAGAAGUUGAUCAAUGCAAAUUUACGCUUGGUUGUUCAUGUUGCCAAACAAUAUCAAGGCCGUGGUCUCAUCCUUCAGGACCUAUUGCAGGAGGGGAGUAUGGGUCUUAUGAAGAGUGUUGAGAGGUUCAAACCCGAUGCAGGUUGCCGAUUUGCCAGCUAUGCAUACUGGUGGAUAAGGCAGACAAUUAGGAAGGCGAUAUUUCAACAUUCUAGGACAAUCCGGUUGCCGGAGCAUGUAUAUACCCUCCUGAGCAAGGUACUGGAAGCAAAAAGAUUAUGCAUUCAAGAAGGAAAUCAUUGUCCGAAUAAAGAAGAAUUGGCGAUACGUGUUGGAAUUACAGUUGAGAAGUUGGAUAACUUGUUAUUUUUCACAAGAAUGCCACUCUCCAUGCAACAGCCUGUUUGGGCAGACCAAGAUACUACUUUUCAGGAGAUAACUGCAGACACUGGGAUUGAGAUCCCAAACAUUAGUGUGGCAAAGCAAUUGAUGAGGCAGCAUGUGCGCAACCUUCUAAACGUUCUAAACCCCAAAGAAAGACGAAUAAUCAGGCUAAGAUUUGGCAUUGAAGAUGGGAAACCGAAAUCACUGUCUGACAUCGGGAGCAUGUUUGGAUUAUCCAAGGAAAGAGUUCGGCAACUGGAGAACCGAGCUGUAUACAGGCUUAAACAGUCCCUUGGCAGUGAAGGACUAGCUGGAUAUGCAGAUUUACUUGUUUAGAUAUAAAAACGAAGCUAUAUUGUUCAUUUUAUUUAUAAAGUGACUUUAGGCUUGAAGGUCUUGUAUUUUGCAUAUGAACUAGCUUACGACAGCGUUUCAAGUGCUUCAAGGAUGAAACAUUGUAACAUUAUUUUCCACGCAUGAAAAUCAGUGUUUUAAUAAAUAACCCGGGGUGAAACCCGGCAAAGUUGUCA